AUGCCUACUCUCAUCAGUAAACAAAACACAGAUUGUGCCUCAGAACCAAGUAAUUCAGAGCUGGUGGUCGAGCAAGAAGAGGCUACUGUCAAAAAGGUAACAGUCCCACGACAUGUUCGACUCAGCCAAUAUGAAAGUCAGUGCGAGGACCUGAUAUAUUACUUACAAACGAACAAAUGCAGACCAGGACUCUCAAAAAAGGAAAUCAGAAACAUAAAGAACAAGGCAGUAACACACAAGUUUAAUUCAACCAGUAAGUGUCUAUAUAAUAUAUAAUUAAAAACCUUAUAGUUGUAGCAGCUUGUGGGCUACUUUAUACUGUAUCUGUAAGACUACAAUUGAUCAGUUUUAUAUGCAAUUUAUUUACCAAGCCAUGCUUUGAGGGAGAGGGAGAACAUGCUUUGCAACCGACUGGUGCAAGAUUGUUUAUUAGAGAGUGACAGAGAUAGUUUUUAAAUUUCCUACAUUUCUACUGCUAUAUAUGUUGUGAAAUGAGAAAAUCACAAAUUCUACAAUUAUUAUUUUUUUCUUUUAAUAUUAGAUAAUGAAUUGAUAUAUGUUGGACAGAAAAAGGACCUGAAGAAGAGAGUUGUCACCGAGUUGGAAGAAAUCAAAGACAUCCUAAACCAGUAUCACUCAAAUGAAUUGCGGUCGUUUCGCCAACGAGUCGUUUCGCCAACUGUCAGUUCGCCAACGUCUCGGGUCGAUUCGCCAACGUUUCCUCACGUUCUUAUGUCAGUUCGCCAACGUUACAUAGUUCAUACAUGGAUAUAUAAAUCUAUUAAUGUUUGUAGAGAAUAACCGAAAUAGCGAAUUCUCCCGAUAUUUAUUUUUAGACGGUGUAAAACAGGUUUAAUCAGCGGACGCUAAACAAGUAAUUUUUCGUAGGGCCUUAAACUCACGAAAUGUGAAAGUUUUUAUGCAUAUGAUAUACCAUUCAAGUAACACAACUGAAGAGUUUUCAAACAACAAUACGAAGAUUAACUAUACUCUGCACUAACAAAAUUCCACAAUAGAGCAUAGAACAAUAACCAAGGUUAGACACGGCUGGUGACGCUUUUGAUCGCCAACGUUCCAACAUAUUUUCUACAAACAUUGUUUGUGUUUCAUGGUUUCACAUUAUAAAGACGUGAACUAUUAAAUGACCAUGGAUUGUAAAAUAAUUGUAAACCAUGGAUUGUUUAUUUUACAAUCCAUGAUUAAACGUUGCGUUGGCGAACUGACAUAAGAACGUGAGGAAACGUUGGCGAAUCGACCCGAGACAUUGGCGAACUAACAGUUGGCGAAACGACUCGUUGGCGAAACGACCGGUUACCACUCAAAUCCUAUUGGUGGGCAUAGUGGGUAUCAAUAACACACUGGCUAAAAUUUCGCAGUAUUACACAUGGCAUGGUAUGAAAGCAGAUGUCACAGAAUACGUAAGUCACAAGAACAUAUGUAUAUGGUAUUUAUUACAGGCCUAGGAAAUAUAUUUCUCUACAUGGCAGCAAAAUCCAAAAAUAAACAUUUCAGGUGUAAGUCAAAUAUAUAAAACUUCCUGCAUAUAUGGAUUCCAAAGCCGUACAAUGCCACACAUUGUGAUAAACCCAGUCUCAACUUGCAACAUGCUUUUGUAAACAAUGAGUAAACCUCUGGCAGUAUUAGACAAAUUGCCAUUGCAUUGAUUAAAUUAAUCCUGUAUACAACAUUUCCCACUUAUCAUGUGAUAUAAGACAGACAAUUAUGAGUAACUAAAAAGUUGUGGGUGACAGAAUGAGUUAAUAGAGAUAUUUAUCUUCUAAACAGUGCCAGACUUGUGAUCGUUGUCAACGAUUUGAGAAGAUAAAAACUCAGGCACCAGAAUUGAAAUCAAUCAAGGUCAAUGAACCUAUGGAAUUGGUUGGAAUGGAUCUCAUUGGUAAUAUAGAUAUGACUGUACAACAUACAUAUCUGGUACAUGGUGACAUCAAUGCAUAUAGACAUGUGCAAAGUGUUGUGGAGUCACAUUGCUCAAACGACCACAAGGAAAGUGAGCUUAACUGCAUUAUUGUUAAGCAGCACUCAAUGCCACUCAUACAGGGAUGGAAAAAAUAGCCUCGCAGGAAAUUCUAAACAGCUAACACAUAUAUUUUGUUUGUUCUUCUAGAUUAUUUAAAAUAUUUUUAAUUACUUUUCUCUAACAUUUCGGAUUCUUCUAAGACACCAUUUUCAUCUUGUAUCAGCUGCAUGAUCAUGUGAUUGAAAACAUUACUUAGAUGUUUGAAAUUUGGAUAAGAAAAAUCCUUACUAACAGUAUCCUGUUUAUUGUUCCGUGUUUAGGACCUCUUCCAACAACUUUGGAAGGAUUCAAAUAUGUCCUCACUUUUACAGACUACUUCAAAAAAUUUGUGGAUUCUUUCCCACUGAAGGAGAAAGCUGCUGCUGGAAUUGCAAGGUGUAUUCAAACCUUUGUUUGCAGGUCAGGAAAAUUCCAUUAAUUGUAUGUAACUAUAAAUAAACUAAACUUAUACUGUAUUACAUAAACUAAAAAUAUGUUGUGAACAUAUGCAGUAUAUUUAGUCACCACUUCAGUAAAUAUGUGAAUUUUUUUAUAGGUGGGGUGCUCCUUGUAGAUUAUUAUCUGACCAAGGCCGCAAGUUUGUUGCAAACGUAAGUCUACAUUUUAACUGUUGCAAAUUGUCAAGUACUACUCAUAUAUAGAUGAUUUCAUUGUUUUCACCAAGGGUGGAUUUUCAUAUUUUUCUCUGGGGGAUGAACAUAAUAUUUCUAUCUUACUUAACAGUAGUUUAAUUUAGUGCAUUUAAAUUUUGACAGGGGGAUGCACAUUUUUGUUGGGGGUGCACACAAAAUCCGUUCUUGGUUUUCACAUUGUUUGUUAUUCUUAUAAAUGCAAAUUUUCCCCAAAAAAUCGUAAUGCAUGUAUAGUGCUGUAUAUAAUUAGUUUGCAAUGUGAUACUUGAGCAUGCUUCCCCCUUUUCAUUAAUUCUAGGUUAAUAACGUGGUAUGUGAAAAGUUAAACAUCGAACGGUCUGUGACAAGUGCCUACCACCCAAUGGCGUAACGCAACUGCUGGGGGCCCUCCGUCAAUUGGCCACUUUGGGCCCCUUUGCUCCACUAAAAAUAGGCUCCAAAAAUUUUUCUCGGAACAAUUUAUUCUUGGCGACCUCCCCCCCGUCGCCAAAAAUUUUUCGGACAUUGUACCAUUUUAGGGGUCCAAAAUUUUUUCCGGACAUACCCAAUGAACUUGCAAUUAAUUCAUUCUAGUAUCUCGUCCUUUACCUCAGCCGCGACGCACUUAAUCCGUCUCAGCUUCGGGAAAUUUCUCGACGGAUUUUGCCUUUUCCAGCGAAUUUUUUUUUUUAUUCAAUUCAAUUAAUUCAAUUCCCCAGAAAUGUGCUAUCAAAUUUUUUAAGGUCAUUUUUGUCGGAGGCCCCUAAUGUUUGGGGGCCCCCCAUCACUGGACACCCUGACACCCUCCCGUUACGCCACUGCUACCACCCGCAAACGAAUGGGUUGGAUGAACGUACCAAUCAGACCCUGAAGGUUCGCCUUUCCAAACUGGUAAAUGAACAUCAGAACAACUGGGAUCAAUUUUUGGAGGAAGUUGCAUUCUCAAUUAGCACACAAAAGCAAGGAUCUACCAAAUAUAGUCCAUUCUUUCUGAUGUUUGGUCGUCAUACUAGAACUCCAAUGGAGGUAGUUAUAUAUUAUACUAAUAAUUUGAUUGGCUAAGAGCAGUGCAAUUUUUUUAAAUAAAGUACAAAAAAAAAAGAAAUAAAGUACCAAAAAAGAAAUGAAGUACAAACUUUUUUCUCCUUUAUGUUUACAUGUUAAAACAUUUCGAAAUAUUUUCUUUUUAAUACAUUUUGACAGUUGUUGUUCUGUUUACAUGUUGUUGUUCAAAUUAUCGAUAUAUUAUUUUGCAUUUGACUCGCCUGCAUACAUGUAUGUGAUUAAUAAAUUUUUGUGUAUAUUAUUAAUAAGUAAUAGUAUACCUUCUCAUGCAACUUGGAAAAACAGGCACUCAUGAGUUUUUCACUUUUGCAGUGUUUGCAAUUUUGAAGUCACUUGUGCAUGCUUUUUUUUCCAAAUUGCACUUGAAACCAUACCAUUACCUAUACAUUCAAAUAAGUAAACAAUAUCUCAUUGUAAAACAUGAAUAAGACAAAGCUGUGUAUAGCAGUAAUCUGAUUUUGCAGAUGGAAGAGGACCAUGUCAUUGUAGAGGAACAACUCAAUGAUGAUGACUUAGAACAGAUGGUUAUGGCAAGAGUUUCUAAGAUGGCAAAUAUCAACGAAAAGGUUAAUAUUGAACAGUUUGUAUAUUGCACCUAA